UCCUGAUUCUUUUUUCUGGCCGGAUUGACACGAAUCACAUCCAUUUGAAAGCAGACCAACGCAUUCCAGCGGAAAGAUUGACCAAUUGGCUGGGAGGAGGGCGUGCCUGCCCCCCCUUUACUCCACACAGAGCAGGAGCGUGAAGUUUGGCUCAACAGUGCGCCGCUGCUCCAUGAGAAUGGUGCACCUCAGCGCGCGCAGGUGCAACUCUCUGUCCAACCGCGGCUUCACACUCCUGCAACUUUAACGGAGGACGGCGGUGGGGUUACCGGGAGUGCAUGCGCAAAGUUCAGCGACGCUCCGCUGCGCCACAGCUCUCCAAAUGGCGCGCACGCCUCCGUCCCUGCACCGGACUGCUUUGCUGCUGCUGCUGGUUCUGACAGGUGACGCCGGCGCGCAGCUCCCCGACAGCUACGGACUAUCCUACGCCCUGAGGACUGAUCUCUCCGAGGACACGAUCCUGGUUGCGAACAAUGGGAUCCGCGUCUCCUUCGGGAGAUCUGUCUUCAUUGAUCCCAUCAAUGAUCUGGUGAUCCAAGUUCAGCCCGGGGAUCGAUGCAGCAUCACAGUCCUGGACAACGACCCGCUGUCACAGAGGCCGGGGCAGCUCUCCCCAAAAAAGUUCUCAUGUGAAUUUGGCCCUAACGACGUCAGAUACUCCCACUUUGGCUCCAGGAGUCCCCCAAGGGACAGAGUGAGGCUCCAGCUCAGGUAUGACACCCAGACGGAUACCAUCAUAAUUCCCUUCAUGGUGGAGGUGGAGGUCGUGUUCACACAGCUGGAAGUGUUGACAAAGAACCUGCCACUGACAGUGGAGAGGCUGCUGGGCGUGAGUAACCCCAUCGACAGAAGAAUUCUAGAGUUUACUUUUGAUAGGGACACACAGCAGUGCAGAAUCGCAUCCCUGUCCAGUGGCAGCCUCCUUCCCAGGUAUGGAAAACUUGUGGAUGAGGAGAGUCUGGGGGGGAUGCUGGACUGUGAUGAAUUUAUUCGAAUGAACACCCGCUACCAGCAUACUUUUACUUUGAAGUCUCCUAACAGAGAUUACAUCCCCAUGCUGGUGGAGUUGCAGGAUAAGGAGGGAAAUCUGCUAAAGCGAGAGUUUUUCCAGAUUUUGGUGAGAAUAAAGGACGGCGAGGACAACACGCCCCCUAAACCGAGCUUUAUCGCCAUGAUGAUGAUGGAAGUAGAUCAGUUUGUCAUGACGGCGAUAACCCUGGACAUGCUGGCUGCAGAGGAUGUGGAGUCCGAUCCUGAUGAAUUAAUUUUCAACAUCACGUCCCCUCUUUCCUUCGAGGAGGGCUACAUUGUCAGCACAGAUGACAGGAAUUUACCCAUAACCUCCUUUUACCAGGGAGACCUAAAAGAAUUGAAAAUCGCUUACAAACCCCCUGCUGUGGACUCAGACACUGAGCGGAUUUUCCAGAUUGAGUUUGAGGUUGUGGACACGGAGGGGGCUGUGUCAGACCCUUUUGCUUUCAUGAUUGUUGUAAAGCCCAUGAACACUUUGGCCCCUGUGGUCACAAGGAACACCGGACAGCUGCUGUACGAAGGUCAGUCCAGACCCUUGUUUAGUUCUCAUAAUCUAGAAAUCAGCGAUGAAGACAAUUUAGACAAAGUCAAAAUUACUGUUAUUGAUGGACUAAGGCAUGGAGAUUUGACCGUCUUGGGCUCGAGAAGGAAAUUUUUCACCCCAGCUGACCUUGAUGCUGGAGUAGUCAUUUAUCAACACGAUGGCAGUGACACAUACAGUGAUAAUAUUAUCUUUCGAAUGACAGAUGGGACCAGUGAGGUGGAGUUUUUGUUCCCCAUCACUGUUGUGCCAACAGAUGACGAGCCUCCAAUAAUCAAUGCCAACACUGGCUUGAUUUUAUUCAAAAACCAGAUGAUGCAAAUCCCCUCGCUUGUGCUCAGCGCCACUGACAUCGACUCGGAAGAUUCGACCAUAAAAUUUACGUUAGAGCCUCCUUUAUCGACCAUCGGACAGGUGAUGCUGCGCCAGUCCGAAACGCCAGAGGACCCCUCGAACUGGAAGUUUAACACGGAUGAUGAAAUGUAUGAAAAAGUUGUGACUGAAUGGCUGCAGCAGGAUAUUACUGAUGGAAAAGUUUACUACAAGCACACAGGGCCACACAGCACCAGCACAGUCAUGGACCAGUUUGUGUUUCGAGUCCAAGAUGACAACGACCCACCAAAUCAGUCCGGUGAGAGCUCGUUUAUAAUCAAAGUUCUUCCGAUUGAUGACCUUCCACCUGAGCUGUAUCCGGACACAACCCUGCAAAUGACGGUGCACGAGUAUCAGCUCACUCACUUUAGAAAAAAGUUCCUCCGAUACACUGACCUCGACUCAGAGGAUCGGGACCUCAAAUUCACCAUCAUCCAGCCUCCGACCGACUCGGAUGAGAAUAAUCCGAUCCAGCUGGGAGCGCUGGUGCUGACUGAAAACCCGGACACCGAAGUCACAACUUUCACUCAGGCCCAAAUUAACCACCACAAAAUUGCUUACAAACCCCCAGAUCUCGAGCUGGGAAUUACUUCUCGGGUUUUACAGUUCAAGUUCACAGUUGAGGAUGUCUCUAGAAAUAGCUUAGAAGGAGUUUUCACUAUAUUUUUAAAACCUGUCAACAACAAACCGCCUCAGAUAAUGAAUUCUGGGUUCACGGUUCUUGAACGUGGAAGACACAUCCUCACUAGUGCUGAGCUGCACACCACAGAUACAGAUACGGACAGCAGAGAUAUUACCUUCACUGUUGUGCAGCUUCCGCGUCACGGUCAGAUCCAGUUCAUGUUCUCUGACAUGACAAAAGGAUUUACUUUUGGUUUAGAAGACAUUGGAAAUGGCUUAAUUUCGUACAUCCACAAUGGAGACGAAUCGACAGUGGAUUCCGUACAAAUAGAUGUCAGUGAUGGGGUGCACAUCGUCCCGAUAACUAUAAAGAUUAACGUGAAGCCAAUUGAUGAUGAGACCCCAACUCUCAGUCUGCCAGCUGGCACAAUAGGCUCUUACAUAGACGUCCUGGAAAAUGGAGCCACAGAAAUAACAAGUAAUGUCAUUCAGGGAAGAGACGAGGACACGGACGACCUCCGACUGACCUACAUUGUUGAAGACAAGCCAUCAUUUGGUGAAAUCCUGGUAAGAGAAGUUCCAUCUGGCACAUUCACUCAAGCAGAUAUUAUUAACGGCUUUGUGGUCUACGCUCAUACCAGCGGGGAGAUAGGUGUGAACAUAAAGGAAGACUUUUUCAAUCUCACCCUGACAGACAUGUCUGAUGAGUGGACCGUUGGAGGAAAUAAAAUCACAGGUGUUCGAGUGCAUGUAACUAUUCUUCCCCUGGACAGUCAGGCCCCAGAAGUCUUUGUGGGGCCACAGUUCACAGUUACAGAAGGAGAAAAGAAUGUCAUUCAGUUACUUCAUAUAAGCGCAGAUGAUGCGGACACCCCCAGUGACGAUAUCCUUUGUACAAUUAUUGUACAACCGACUUCAGGCUACGUGGAAAACAUCUCCCCUGCUCCCGGCUCAGAGAAAUCGAGAUCUGGAACUGCCAUUAGUGCUUAUACCAUCAAGGACAUCAGACAGAAUCACAUUUAUUAUGUUCAAAGCAUUCACAAAAGAGUCGAGCCAGUGGAAGACAGGUUUACCUUCAGAUGCUCCGAUGGCAUCAAUUUCUCUGAAAGACACUUUUUUCCCAUUUCCAUAAUCCCCUCUAAUGAUGAAAAGCCGGAGAUUUACAUGAGAGAGUUUGUAGUUAUGGAGGGCAUGAACAUUGUCAUUGACACUCCCAUUCUCAAUGGCGCUGACGGAGACCUCCCACCAGAUCAGCUCACAUUUUUUAUUACCAAACCUCCAAAACACGGAUUUAUUCUCAGUCAAUUUAGUACAGGCACCCUCCCUGUGUCUAACUUCACCUUGGAUCAGAUCAGAGAGGCCUCCAGUAUUGUGUACGAGCACGAUGACUCAGAGAGCACCGAGGACAGCUUUGAUAUUGCACUCACAGAUGGAAAGUUCAGUGUAGAGAAAACAGUCGUCGUUAUGAUUAUACCCGUGGAUGACGAAACUCCAAGGAUGGCCAUUAAUGAUGGCCUGGAAAUUGAAAUAGGUGAAGUUAAAGUUCUCAACAGUAAUGUUUUAAAAGCCACUGACUUAGACUCUGACGACAGCACGCUAACUUACAUUAUUAGAUACGGACCCGGUCAAGGAUAUUUGCAAAGAACAACUUUGUCUGGCACACUGGAAAAUAUCACUGUUGGAAUGAAUUUUACACAGAGUGAUUUAGAUCAGGGUUUAAUUAUUUACAUCCAUAAUGGCCAAGAGGGAAUUCGUGACCUCAUCAAAUUUGAUGUGACAGAUGGUAUUAAUACUUUGAUUGACAGAUAUUUCUAUGUUUCGAUUGGCGGUAUUGACAUGGUUUUCCCUGACGUGAUAAGUAAAGGGGUGUCCCUCAAAGAAGGGGGCAGAGUUACUUUGACCACUGACCUUCUCAGCACUAGUGACCUUAACAGCCCAGAUGAACACUUGGUUUUCACGAUUACUCGAGCUCCAGUGAGAGGACACUUGGAAUGCACAGACACACCCGGGAUGCCCAUCUCAUCUUUUACUCAGCUCCAGCUCGCUGGAAACAAAGUCUACUACAUCCACACGGCUGACGAUGAAGUGAAAAUGGAUAGCUUUGAAUUUGAAGUGACUGACGGCUACAACUCUGUGUUUCGCACUUUUCGCAUCUCCAUUGCUGGUGUGGAUAAUAAAAAGCCUGUGGUGACGGUGCACGGCUUGGUGGUGACCGAGGGAGAAAACAAACUCAUCACGCCGUUUGAGCUUACAGUUGAGGACAGGGACACUGCCGAUCGCUUCUUGAAAUUCACAAUUACUCAGAUUCCGGUUCAUGGCCGCCUGCUCUUCAAUAACACCCGUCCUGUCACUUCUUUCACAAAGCAGGACCUUAAUGAGAACUUGAUCAGCUACAGGCAUGACGGCACAGAGAGUGCGGGGGACAGUUUCUCCUUCACUGUCACCGAUGGGACCCACAGAGACUUCUACGUCUUCCCUGACACCGUAUUUGAGACUCGAAAACCUCAAGUCAUGAAGAUUACUGUCCUCUCUGUGGAUAACGGGGCACCACAGAUUGUAGUUAACAAAGGUGCCUCAACAUUACGGCUUCUGGAGACAGGUCACCUGGGAUUUGUGAUCACCAGUAAGACUCUUAAAGCAGAGGACAGAGACAGCAUUCAAGGCUCUGUGACUUUCAGGAUCACUCUUGCCCCCAAGCAUGGUUACCUGAUCAACCUUGGAAGAGGGAAUUCCACCAUUACCAGUUUCACGCAAGUUGAAAUCGACGACAUGAGUGUAUGCUACGUACUGAGGGAUGGUGACAACGCCACAAACGACAUCUUCCAUUUCUCAAUUGAGGACAAUGGUGGGAAUCAGCUUAAAAACCAGCAGUUUCGCCUGAACUGGGCUUGGAUUUCGCUGGAAAAGGAACUUUACGUCGUGGACGAGGAGGUCAAAUUCUUGGAGGUGGUUCUGAGGCGUCGUGGUUACCUGGGCGAAACGUCGUUUGUCAGUAUUGGCACAAAGGAUGGCACAGCGGAAAAGGACAAGGACUUCCGGGGGAAGUCCCAGAAGCAGGUUCAGUUCAACCCGGGCCAGACCACGGCGACCUGGAGGGUCAGAAUCCUGUCGGACAGCGAGUAUGAAGUCUUAGAGACGUUCCAGAUCGUUCUCUCCGAGGCGGUGAUGGCAGCUCUUGAAUUUCCAGAGGUUGCCACGGUGGAGAUCCUCGACCCCGACGAUGAAUCGACCGUGUUCAUCCCCUCAGCUGUGUACAACAUAGAGGAAGGCAUUGGAGACCUGCUUGUUCCCGUGCGCCGGAGUGGAGAUGUCAGUCAAGAGCUCAUGGUCAUUUGCUACACUCAGCAAGUUACGGCCAAAGGCACCGUUCCCACCACGGUGUUGUCCUACUCUGAUUACAUCUCCAGACCCGAAGACCACCACAGCGUCCUGCGUUUCGACAAGGGAGACACAGAGAAACCCUGCAGGGUUGUGAUCAUCGAUGACUCAUUGUAUGAAGAUGAGGAAAGCUUCAAUGUCACCCUCAGCAUGCCCAUGGGGGGCCGCCUGGGCUCCGAGUUCCCCACAGCCAGAAUCGUUAUCAUCCCAGACGUAGAUGACGAUCCUGCUUUCUACUUUGACAACACGGAAUACCAGGUGGAUGAGAGCGACGGCUUCGUGGAGGUGCAGGUGUGGAGGACGGGGUCGGAUCUGUCCAAAGCAGGAACCGUCACCGUGCGAUCCAGAAAGACAGAUCCCGUCUCGGCCGAGGCUGGUGUGGACUACAUGGGAAUCAGCAAGAGCUUGGACUUUGCCCCUGGAGUCACCAUGCAGACGUUUCGAGUGACCAUUCUGGACGAUCUCGGUCAGCCCGUUCUGGAGGGCCCAGAGAAAUUUGAACUGGUGCUCCGGAUGCCCAUGAACGGCGUCCUCGGGGAGCCGAGCAAGACGUCGAUCCUCAUCAAUGACUCUGUCUCUGAUUUGCCUAAGGUGCAGUUCCGGGACGCUGUGAGUGUGGGCCAUGAGGACUCUGGACAAAUCUCAGCCACGGUCUACCGCAGCGGGGAUAUCAGCUACAGGUCCACGGUGCGCUGUUACAGCAGGCAGGGCACGGCGCAGGUCAUGAUGGACUUUGUCGAGAGGCCCAACACCGACGCCUCCAUCAUCACCUUCCUCCCAGGAGAGGUUGAAAAGUCUUGCUUGCUGGUGCUGGUCGACGACACGGAGCACGAGGAAGACGAGGAGCUUCGUCUUGUGUUGGGAAGCCCCAGGAGUGAAUCUCCCUUUGGAGCAUCUAUCGGACGCCAGAACGAAACCCUCAUAAAGAUAAAAGAUGAUGCUGACAAGCCGUAUAUUAAUUUUGGUGAGACGAAGUUCAGUGUGAAUGAGCCAAAGGAAAACGGUCAAGUGUCUGUGGUCAAGAUCCCCGUGUUGCGCACUGGAGACGCCUCGAAAGUCUCCAUCGUCCGAGUUCACACCAAAGAUGGAUCUGCUGCCUCGGGGGAGGACUACCAUCCAAUAUCUGAGGAAAUUGUGUUCAAACAAGGCGACAAAGAGCACUUUGUGGAGGUGGAGAUUUUAUAUGACGGAGUGAGGGAAAUGCGGGAAGCCUUCACCGUCCAUUUAAAGCCCGAUGAGAACAUGGUGGCAGAAACAAAGAUGACCAAAGCUAUCAUUUACAUUGAGGAGCCUAACAGUAUGGCGGAUGUGACGUUUCCUUCAGUGCCCAUCGUGGUUUCUCUGUUUCACUACGAUGACAUGGACAGGAUGAGGGGCUCUCAGCCCGUGGCAGGAUACCCUGUUGUUUGUGUCACCGCUUGUAACACCAAAUAUCCAGACUACGACAAAACCGGCUCCAUCUGUGUCAGCGAGAACAUCAACAACACGCUGACUCGUUACCGCUGGCUCGUCAGCGCCCCCACCGGACCCGACGGUGUCACCAGUCCCAUGAGAGAAGCCGACUUUGACACUUUCUUCACCUCCUCCAAACUCAUAACUCUGGACUCAGUCUAUUUCCAGGCUGGUUCCAGGGUCCAGUGUGCUGCGAGGGCCGUGAACUCCAAUGGGGAUGAGGGUCUGGAGCUCAGCAGCUUAGUGGUGUCCAUCAGCACAGAUGAGGGGAUGUGUCAGCCUCGUGUUGCUGGGACAGUGGGGGCGGAGCCUUUCUCUGCCAAACUGCGGUACAGCGGAGCAGACGAUGCAGAGCACCCAAAUCUCAUCAAAUUAACCGUCACCAUGCCUCACAUCGAUGGAAUGUUACCCGUCGUGUCCACUCGCCCCUUGUCCAACUUUGAGCUGACUCUGAGUCCAGACGGGACUCGCGUCGGCCACCAUCGCUGCUCCAACUUGCUGGACUUCACCGAGGUCAAGACCCGUUUCGGGUUUCUCACCGAAGCCACGAGAAAUCCAGAAGUGAUCGGCGAAACUGCCCCGUACCAGUACAGCACCUCCCUCAGAGGGUCGAGCACCCUGAGAUUCUACAGAAACCUGAACUUAGAGGCUUGUUUGUGGGAAUUCACCAGCUACUACGACAUGUCUGAGCUGCUCAGCGACUGUGGAGGAACUAUCGGGACUGACGGACAGGUUCUGAAUCUGGUCCAGUCCUAUGUGACCCUCAGAGUUCCCUUACACGUGUCCUACGUCUUUCACUCCCCUGUGGGAGCUGGAGGAUGGCAGCACUUUGACUUGCAGUCAGAGCUGAGGCUCACUUUUGUGUACGACACUGCCAUCUUGUGGAGGGACGGUAUUGGCAGCCCUCCGGAGUCGGAGUUACAAGGUGCCCUCUACCCAACCAGCAUGCGCAUAAACGGGCAGGGACAGCUGGUGGUUAACUUCCGCACAGAAGCUCGCUUCAGAGGCCUGUUUGUGUCCUCACAUCCAGGUAAAGAGGCUCACGAGGAGGUGUGGAUUUACUCUGUAGGAGGUUUCCUUUAUUUAUAUAUCUUUUUUUUACCAUUAGCUUCAUCUCUGACCUCGAUGGUCAUGUGUCCGGACCAUCCCACUUUGACCUUUAACCUGACUUUGGUGAGAAGUGAGCCCACCUACAGCCAUCCCAUCCAGCAGUGGACGUUCACCUCGGAUUUUGCUGUGCGUGACUACUCCGGCAUGUACACCGUGAAGCUGAUCCCUUGUGCUUCUGCUCCCAACCUGGAGUUCACCAUCCCUCCUGUCUGCAGUCCCAGAGAGCCCGUCACUUUUGACUUGGACAUCCGCUUUCAGCAGGUCAGUGACCCCGUGGCUGCUGAGUUCAGUCUAAACACACAGAUGAUGCUGCUCUCCAAACGGACGCUCUGGCUCUCAGACGGCUCCACGGGGUUCGGACAGGAGAGUGACACUGCUUUCUCACAAGGGGAUACGGUUUACGUCAGAGUGAUGGUGGAUCCGGUGCAGAACCUGGGGGACUCCUUUAUUUGCAACAUAGAGAAAGUCUUCCUCUGCACUGGAGCUGAUGGAUACGUCCCCAAAUACAACCCCAGCAACUUUGAGUUUGGCUGUCUGGCUGACGCGCCGUCGCUGCUCUACAGAUUCAAGAUCAUUGAUAAAGCCCAGCCUGAGACCCAGGCCCGUUCAUUUGGGAAUGUUGCCUUCAAUGCCCUCCUGGCUGUGGAUGACUCUGGAGCUUUGGCUCUGGUACGACAGCCUGGAUCAGAUGGUUUCAGAAUGGACUCUGCAGCUCUUUUUCAGGUGGCUGCAGGCAGAGAGUGGUAUAUACACACCAUCUACACCGUCCGUUCCCGGGAAAAUGCUAACCGCGGCAUCGGCAAGAGAAGCCUGGAAUACCACGCAGUGAGCCGGCACACAAACCCUCUCCCAAAGAGCCAACAUCGAAGCAAAAGAUCAACCAACAAAGUGCCGGACAUAGUGGAGGAAAUCGGCGCUGGCAACAACCGCGGCACCAACAUAUUGCACAUAGCGCUGGACCGCAGCAACCAACCCAAGACGAGCCCAGAGAGGGAGAUUUUCACUAGAGGAAUCCUCCCGCGGGAGCUCAGCCAGACGGACAGCGACGACAGACUGGUGCUGAUCAUCGGCGUCUUAGUGGGGCUGCUCCUCACCGUGCUCCUCAUCAUCGUGGUGGUGCUGCUGGUGCGGUCCAAGAAGGAGAAAAAAGGGGAAGCCACCAGCUCCACCAGCGCAGAGCCCAUGAUGACUCAAGGCCCGGGCGACUGCGACAGCUCAGAGGUCUGACAGACUGAGAUUUAGUGUAUAUUUUCAUGUUUGCAAGUGCCUCACAUUCAGCUAAAACAUUACAGAUUGUGCGUGAAGUAACACAAAAAGCUUUGUUCCUGUUCAGAAAAUUACUUGAAGUUCUGCGUCACAUCACAUGUAAAAGGAGGGGGACAGGACAGUGUUAAUGUUUGUUUUAAAGGACAAGUGUAGAGCUGUCACGACGGGUUUUUGGUGCCAGCUGAUCCAAAAAAAAAAUGAGUUUCCAAAGGUGCUACCGGAGAUCUCCGUUACCUUGAAUGACUGGUUGUUUUGCGAAUGGAAAGCUGGUUAUUUUGAAUAUUGAUGGCUGGCUUUGCGUAUUUAAGCGAUCAAACUGUCUGCUUUGUGUUCACACUGGGAAAACUGAAUCUGUUUUCAGGUUUUGUGUGUUUAAAGGUUUUGUUUGUUUUAUGUAAAAGUGUCCUGUGCGAUCCGUAGAAUUCAAAUGAUCGGCUAAAUGAUUUGAAUGAUUUUUUUUUGCAUGCUUUUAUUUUUAUUUUGUAUUUGAAAAAGUCAAAACACUGAUUUUUGUUAAUGCGUUUGCAUCCACCUGUAUUUCUUGCAGUAUUUAUCAGUACCUUACCGUCAAUGUUACAGUUUUCCAUCAGUAUUUGCUUGUUGAAACAAAAUUCAAGUUUGCAAUGUUUAAGACAGCUGGUCUGUAAUGUACAGUUUGGUAUUUUAAUGGUUUGACUGUUCCAAAGAACCAUUUCAUUCCAACUCUUGGUCCUACCAGCGUCAUCUUAGUGCUGUUUUGAUGGGGUAACCAUGACAACACAUCCCCUUUUUGCUUUAUUUCCAUCGAGCUCUUUGAUAUUGUUUCACAUCACAUAAAGGGAAAGGAUCAUUUCCUAAAUCAGUGUCGUUCUUGUCAGAAAUUUACUUUAUGAUUCAUUAAUUUAAGUUAUUUUAGCGCUUUUUUAAAAUUCAGAUAAUUGUCGCAAUUUGAUUAUAUCUACCAAUUUGUGAGAAGAAUAUACUUGUACCUGUGAUUGGAACAAAUCAGAUAAAAGUUGCUUUUUUCAGUUUUAAGUUGCCACAAAACCCUCUUUUCUUCUUCAUCCUGAGAUAAAGGUCAGUCUGAACAUUUGGUUUAUUUCCAGCUUCAUUGUAAUAUGAACAAUUCUAUGCAACUUGCAUCAUUAUGUUUUUUUAAAGGUUAUAUAUAUAUAUAUUUUGGUGCACAACAUUUUUUUGUUAACUUGAUUUGAUGCGGUUUAAUGUUACUCCAGUCCAUUCUGAGGGUUUUUCGCACAUUCAUAGCUGUAUGUAUGUAAAUACACAUGUAUGUUACAGUAUACCGUCGAGAAUGGUUGUUCAAAUGCAAACUGUACGUGCUGUAAGUAUUUGUAACAUAGACCAGAAGCACAAAUGGUCUGCAAAUAAAGUAAUUUUUCAAGAAA